CAGAACCACAUCCCCAGGUUUGGAGACUUAAAUGAAAGUACCUACUAUAUGGAAGGAAAUACCGGGCGGGCAUCCUGUGUUUGAGACUGCUUAUGGAAAAAUCGCUGUCAAUAUUUGUUAUGGGAGGCACCAUCCGUUGAAUUGGUUAGCAUUUGGCUUGAAUGGUGCUGAGAUUGUGUUCAACCCUUCUGCAACCGUUGGUGAACUGAGCGAGCCAAUGUGUCCAAUUGAGGCCCGAAAUGCUGCCAUUGCCAACAGUUAUUUUGUUGGAUCAAUUAAUCGGGUAGGAAGAGAAAAAUUUCCCAAUCCGUUCACAUCAAGUGACGGAAAGCCACAGCGCAAAGAUUUCGGGCACUUCUAUGGAUCCAGUCACAUUUCAGCUCCAGAUGCUUCGUGCACGCCAUCACUAUCCCGUCAAAGAGAUGGAUCACUGGUUGCCAACAUGGAUCUCAACCUUUGCAGGCAGCUGAGAGACAAGUGGGGGUUCAGAAUGACUGCUUGGUACGAGCUCUAUGCCGAUAUGCUCGCUCAGUAUCUGAAGCCGGACUUUGAACCCCAGGUCAUAUCUGAUCCCUUGCUGCCUAAGAAGUCCUCUUAAGUUGUUGAUUCGCUGUAAUGCAUAUUUAGGGAUGACUUUAUCCAAAUAAUGUCU